CUGCCCACCGCGCCCACACCUCAAACUGAACCGCUCCCCAGCCAUCCCCUCGUCUCUCUGCUCGUCCCCCUUCACAACAAAAUAAAUCAUCUGUCACCAGCACUCACCGCAGCAAGUAACUCUCACCACACAUCAUCAUGGCAGUGGCGUCAGACCACCACCAGCAGCGCGUUGUGUUCUACAGCGGGUCCUUCUUCAAGAUCGACGGCGUGACCCUAACUCUGAGGGGCUUGAUCUCGCACAUCACCAAAGAGCACGGGGCAGACGUGCUCGUCCUCACCGCAGACAACCCGUCAGACGUCGCCAUAUCCGACUUCACCAGGAGCGCCAACGUCGGCGGCGGGCUGGUGCGCGUCCUCCGCGUGGGCGGUGGGCCUGUGCCCGCCCCUGGAGCCGACUACUCGCUGGGGCUUCGGGUGCCCGAAUCCACCAAGAGGGCGCUGGAGGCUUUCCGCCCCACCGCCGUGCACGUCACGAACCCUGAUCUGGUGGCUCUGUGGCUCAUCAAUUGGGUCCUCCGGGAGAGGGAGGACUGCGGCGUAAUGGCCACGCUCCAUACGGACUUCAUGGAGAUCGUCAACUCCUACUGCAUACUAGGCCGAGCGCAGGCGCUGUGGGCGCUGUCAUCGUUCCUGCGCCACGUGUACGGGCUAUGCCCUGCAGUCUACGCGCCGACGGAGUUCAUGCGGCGAAAGGUCCAGGCGGAAGGGUGGGACACAGAGCUGGGCGUGUGGGGGCGGGGCGUCGACCCCGACCUCUUCUCCCCCGCUAGGCGCUGCCAAGACCUCCGGCGGCAGCUAGGGCUAGGCCCCGAUGACGUCGCCGCCCUGUGGCUCGGGAGGGUGGUUCAAGAAAAGAAGCCGGGAGUAUGGCUCCGGGCAGUGCAACAAGUCCAACGCGAGGCGAAGGAGAGGUACGACGCCGCCGUCGCAGCCGCUGCACAACGCGACAGCGAUAGCAAGGUGCCGUUGCCGCCGCGAGUUGUCGGGAUCUGCGUCGGCGAAGGCGAAGCGAUGCGCACGCUACGAGGGGUGGACGGUGUCGUGUGCGUCGGGUGGAAGGCCGGAGAGGAGCUGGCGCGCGUGAUCGCGUCGUGCGACAUCAUGGUGGCCCCGAGCGAGAUCGAGACGUUCGGGCGGGUGACCCUCGAGGCCAUGUCCUGCGGCCUGCCGUGCGUCGUCAACCGGGAGUGCGGAGACCACCUCGUCCAGGAUGGGUCGAACGGCUUUUGCGUUCCUUCCGGGGAUCAAGACGGCUACGUGGAGGGCUUGCGGAAGCUCGUCCAGGACAAGGACCUGAGGAACAAGAUGAGCGCGACCGGCAGGCAGAUGGCGCUCGGCUACGGGACGACCCAGCUGUACGACGGGAUGAUGGAUAUUUACAGGUCGUGCCGCGAGACACAGAACAAGACGUUCAGGGCCCGCGUGGCGAAGAAGAGGGGUUUCCCAUUCUGGGAGGCGUUCGGGCUGCUGAUCUACUACGUGUUCGAGGCGGCCAAAAUGAUGACCGCCGCGGCGGCCUUCUUCACGGAGGGCAGGGACUCGGAGGUGGUGCGCCUCUCCGUUCGGGCUUUCCGGAGCCACCUCGCGCUGCUCGGCCAGCUGCUGUUCGGACUGAGCUGCUCCUCCUCCUCCGCCGCUCCUCCUGCUCUUCGCUCUUCCUCCUCGUCGUCUUCCCUCCAGCUCACCCCCUCGCAGAUUACAAGGAAGACGUCAAGGCCUUCUCCUUCUUCUUCUCGCCGGUCGUCAUCGUCUCACAGGUCCCCCUCCUCCGCGAUGAUGUCANCAUCCUCGUGGCCACGUUCCUUAGUGGAACGAAGGCUGCCCUGACCUGUUCUGAUCUGACCUGUUUGUUGCUUCUAUGUUCGAUCGUUAGAGGCCGCCGGCGGUGGCGGCGGGAGGAGUCUGCGGGCCCGUUACCAGGCGGGCCGUCAUCCCUCCUCCUCCUCCUCCUCCUCCUCCGCUCGGUUUUCGUCCUCUCGCCCCGGCUCCGCGGCGAUAAUGCCGAGAUCGGCCUCUUUUUCGAGUGUUGCCGUGCCUGGCGUCAACGAUCUUGAAGGUUUCGGUGGUGGUGCUAUAGCCGUGAUGGCGGUGCACGGGCAGUCGCCCUUUCUUCUUCGGCGCCCGGGCCUCCUCGCGAUCAUCGUGCUCCUGCUGCUUCUUCUUGUGGUGGCCGUGAUCGUGGCGGCGGUGUUCGCCGUCGAGAGCGGCGCCGGCGUUCCCAGGUUUUCUGUCGCCUGACCGAAGCCAAGGAGAGCACGCGCUGUCCCUGAUAGAUGUGUUGCAUGACUGAAGACGGGGAGGUUGGUGUGUGGGCUACAGCAACGCAACGCCCCGUUGCCCCGGUUGGGUCUACUGACAAUGGAUAGACGGUGGUGGUGGUUUCGUUGCAAACACCAUGUGGAUGGUUGUUGUCCAAACAUUAUCUGUGUCGUCCGAACAAGUCUGUGGGGUGGAAUAAUCCAUCUCAAACAGUUUUUGUAUAUAUUGUAGAAGGCCGAUGGCACCGUGUCUAAAUAAAAAACCCCAGGUAGCUGGUGUUCUGCUUGACGUACAUCAUUCCCAGUAUUUUUUUGUGCUCGGUGGCAGGCACCAUGCGUUCCUCAUCGUCGCCAGAGAGAGGCUUUGUGCCCCGAAAGGGAGGCGGUCACGAUGUGGUUGAUGGAGUCGUUGGGGGGUGUCGAGAGCUUGGUUGAGCGAACUCCUGCAGGGGGGUUCACAAUGAUUUGUUUUACCCCGGGAUGAUGCAGAAUUGCUCCGUUAGUCGAAACUCUACUGCUUGUCGUAUCUCACCCUUAUUAAUUGCGAGGAACAGGACUGAAUAUGUAACAUAUUCUCACGUAAGUGUAUUUAUUGGCCAGUUCGACCUACUACCGUACACGACACAAGAUAACACACCC